AUGUCAUCAUCUGCUGUUGCUAAUCUCUCUUCAUUAAAAUCUGACGUUGAUGAUAUUAAUGGAAAAAUGGGAACAAUGGAUAUAGAAGAUAAGGAAGAGAUGGUCAUGGUAGAAAAAGAUGGCGAGGAGGAAAAGAAAGGAGGCUCAAUAUCCAAACUUAUCCCCAACACAAAAAUCCUGCCACCAAGAUCUCUCCAUUUUGAUUCAACGCUUCUAAAGGCUGAACAAGUUGCAAGAUUAGUGGAUUGGAUAGAUCGAAACUUGGCUGAUGGUAAAGUCAGCAGAGUUACAAGAUGUAAUUACGCCAUCAGAAUUAAAGAUAAGUCUCAUGGACCUUGUUUUGGUGAUAAAGAUCUCUGGAUGAAAAAUAAUUUCAAUGGAUAUGAUAGUUGUUCUUCUGAUAAAGAUGAUUAUCUAGAUAGAGUUACUACUUUAAGUAAAUUCUGGGUAAUAGAAUAUGAAGUCUUCCAAGUCAUUAAAAAAUAA